GUGCGGCUGACUUUCCCAAGCUAUCACAGUACCUAAAAAUCCGGGGUUAUUCAUUACAGUAUCUUGUGCUCGAGCCUGUCAAGCUCUCUUUUACAUACUUACAAAAUUAUAUUUAGAUGCCUAUGAAUAUGAAGCCAUUACCUCAGCCUGCCGGGAUCGGCCCCCUGAAGUAUAUUGCGCCACCUGGUCAGGCCGUCAGCUCGCAAAUGCCCCACAGGAUCCUACUAGUAGGCAGUUUCAGGGGCUAAUCGUGAAGCCAGGUCAAAGUGACCCGCUUUGAACUUCGUAGUUGUUACGCUUUGUGAUAGGCAUCUAUUUCCUCGACAUGUCCCAAAUUGUGCAUUCCCGCAGUUCGGGAGAUCUCGAAUGUUUUCAGUUGUUCAUACUAAACUGAUUCGUGAUGCCGCGCAAAGGGUUUGAAAGGGUGCGCACCGGUUGCAUUACAUGCAAGGCGCGAAAAGUGAAAUGUGAUGAGGGUCGGCCCCAGUGUCUGCGAUGCAAGACUAGUGGUCGCAUAUGCGAAGGCUUCCGAGCCCCUCCACUUGGGUCGUUAUCCUGGAGCAGUUUGCUGCAAGUUCGGCCCUCAACUAUUCCAGUCUCAGAGUCUAGCAGUACCGAGUUGCGUUCUUUGGAUUUCUUUCGCUGUAUAAUAGCGCCAGCCUUGACGAGCCCGUUAGGGAACUCCUUCUGGACAAACCCUGUUUGUCAGCUGGCCAUUCAGGAACCUGCUGCUAGAUUUGCGGUACUCGCUGUCAGCUUGCUGUACGAGCGAUUUGACCCUUCUGCAGAUGACUCUUCUACUCUAGUCGAGAAUGUCCUCGCUUUACGCUACUACAACAAGGCUAUCAGAGAGGUGGCUACCUCCAAGCGGCUCGACGCAGACACGACACUGUUGAUAUCUAUUUUGUUCAUCUGCAUCGAGUUCCUUCGUGGUAACACCUCAUUAGCUAUCGAACACUGCCGCCAUGGUCUACUCAUUUUAAGGUCAAUGGACCACCCUUCGCCUGAUAUUUCGGGUAUCAUGAAUCAUCUUCGGAUCUUUCCGUUCUUUUUUGGAGCCACGAUAGCAGACUUCCCUCUCCUUCAAUACUUAGAAUACCCUCAAAAUCGCAUCCAUAACCUCUCCGAGGCACUGGGGACACUGGACUGUCUCAUGUCAAAAUGUGUCUCAAUACUUCGAGCUUUUGACCCGUUCCGAAUAGGUGCAGUCGGCAUGGCGGAAUUACCAAGUUCCUUAUUUUUGAUGCAACAAGAACUAGGUCAAGAGCUGGACGUAUGGCAUGCAAUAUUCUCAAAAAUGGCUGACGACCUUGAACAAAAUGACGAAAAUCAAACACAUAUACGUCUUCUAAGGGCGCGAUGGCAUGUCUGUAAGGUUUGGUUGCAAAUUUCAUCACAUCGAGAUGAAAUGUUUUCCGAUACAUUUAGAGCUCAGUUCGAGCGCAUAGUCGAGCUUGCACGAGCAGAGGCCUCUCGUACUAGGCUUUCUGGUACCGAAAGAUCUGGUUUCUUCAAGUUCGAGAUGGGUCUGGCGCCUUUGUUGUAUUUCGUUGUUAUCAAAUGUCGAUUUUUAGAACUUCGAUUAGAGGCAUGGUCCUUACUCAGAAUUGUCGGUCACGCAAAAGAGUCAUUGUGGGAUACCAAGCUGCUUCAAGCCUCAGGCAAACGUGUUAUAGAGCGAGAGCAUCGAAUUGAGUUACCUCAAUGGCCACCCAAAUGCUGGUGGGAAAGCGCGUCUUUAGAAUAUACACUACCGAGCGACUCACAGAGGAUUAGAGAUUCUUAUAUAGAAGAUGAGACGGAAACACUCGUGGGAUAUGAUGGGUCAAGGAUGAUGCGGAGGAAGAUAUUCUUCUUCGUGCCCCUGGGUGCUCAGAAAGAACUUCAAAAGGUUCAGGACUGGAUAUAUUUAUAAUAGAAAGUCGAGACGGUGUUCAAGGCAACCAUAUCAAGACAUUAUUUGCCGAAAAGGCGUGAGUUAUACCUUCUGGGUCCAUGUAACACACCUCGAAAUUUGGAUGCUAAUUAUACACAAUACGCGACAAUCCAUGCGCACU